AGGUGAUACUGCGUGAGGUAAACACCACAAGACUUCCAUUGCAAAACCCUCAAACUUCAAGUCAUGAUCUUCAUGGGAGUUGGCCUGCCUUGAAUCUUGAACAUAUUCCACCCAUUAAGAGACGUCUGAAUAUUAAGAGACGUCUGGAUAUCAAACCAUCAUCACUGCCUCAUGAUUCAUCGUCUAGUAGUAGCAGUGAGGAUGAACCAACAUAUCACAAGGUGAUACCGCGUGAGGUAAACACCACAAGACUUCCAUUGCAAAACCCUCAAACUUCAAGUCAUGAUCUUCAUGGGAGUUGGCCUGCCUUAAAACUUGAAAAUAUUCCACCCAUUAAGAGACGUCUGGAUAUUAAGAGACGUCUGGAUAUUGAAGCACCAUCAGUACAGUCUGAUUCAUCAUUUAGCAGUGACAGUGAGGAUGAACCAACAUAUCACAGAGUGAGACCAAGUGAGGUAAACACCACAAGACUUCCAUUGCAAAACCCUCAAACUUCAAGUCAUGAUCUUCAUGGGAGUUGGCCUGCCUUGAAUCUUGAAAAUAUUCCACCCAUUAAGAGACGUCUGGAUAUUAAGAGACGUCAGGAUACUGAAGCACCGUCAGUACAGUCUGAUUCAUCUUUUAGCAGUGACAGUGAGGAUGAAACGACAUACCACAGAGUGGGACCUAGUGAGGUAAACACCACACAUCUUCCUUUACAAAAAUCUCAAACUUCAAGUCAUGAUCUUAAUGGAAGUUGGCCUGCCCUGGAUCUUGAAAAUAUUCCUCACAUCAAGAGACGUCUAGAUAUCAAAGCUUCAUCACCAGACUCUGAUUCAUCUUCUAGCAGUGAAAGUGAGGAUGAAAUGACACAUAACAAUGAGAGGCCAUGGAAGGAGGCUCAGAUACAGAACCAUGAGAAAGAUGAUUUGGGAAUUUCAAAACUUACAUCCCAAAAAUCUGAAACAAUAAGUCAUGAUCCUGAAACAUUGAGGUCUGUGAAUCUUGGCAACAUUACUCGUAUAAAGAGGCGUCUGGCCAUCAAUCCCCCUUCACUACCUCUGGAAUCAUUAAGUGAUGAGAGCACAAAUAUUACAGUGGAAGGAAAGCCAACACAACCCAACAAAAGUACUAACUCUUACUCAUCAAGAAGCUCUUACUCAUCUUUCAGUAAUGACACGAGUGACAGUCGGACUACAGACCCUCUUGACAGAAAUGAUUUGGGGAUUACAAAUCAUCAAACAGGGACACUAUUGCCAGAUUUAAAUAAAAGUGUCUCCCUUGUCACAGACUUACCAAGUUCUCCAAACUCCUCAGAGCCAGUGUCAAACAUUUUUCCCAAUCCAAAGCCAUUCCAAGGUAUCAAAUUGGAAAAGUACACUACUGUUACAGAUGACUCAGGGUCUACACCAAUAAAUGACAAUGACAGUACAACACCAAAGAUAAACCCAGAACUUCAGUCACGAUGGGCGACCAUGAAUCUUGGUGUCUCCCGCUUUAGGAAACGUCUUGAAAUCACAUCACAAUCUCGUUCAUCACCAAAUCUCUCAACACCACCUUCUCCUGGCACCCCGUCUUCUCCCGGCAGUGAAAGUGGGUCUGGAAAUAAAAGCAGCAGAACAAGACUGAACAGAAGGAGUGAUAGAAUGCAGGGAAUCAUACCCAAUGAUUCAUUGCUGGUCCUGGAUAGAGAUAAAGAUAACUCCAGCAACUUAGCAGAAGUUAAUGAGGGUCUGAGAAAAACCUCCAGCUUCCAUGUAACUGAAGAAAAGUCAAACCCAGAUACUCUUUUGACGGGAUAUACUACGUCACAUAUUAGGACGUACUUGGUCAGUGAAAAGGCUCCUGCUACAGCACCAUUACAGGGUCUGUCUGAUUCUUCAUCCAGCAGUGAGAAUGAAGGUGUGUCUACAGAGUAUGCAGGUAACAGACGGAAUAGGACAUCUCAGUCCAAGUAUCACACCCAUGCUGUCAAUGACAGAAGGGAUGAAUCACACAGCGGAGUAGAGAUCAAAAGCCAAACAGCAAGUUUGAGAGAAGAGUCUGACUCAAUGUUGCCUAAUCUGAGUCUCACCAAUAUCCCUCGUGUCAAAAGGGCUUUGAAUAUCCGAGCUCCAUCACCAAGACAAUCCUCCUACAAAAGCGUCAGUGAGGAUAAGACGACUGACUUCAGCACCUCUCAAAUAAAUCUUGGAGUCCCACGCAUUAAGAGGCGUCUGGACAUCAAGGCACCUUCACCACAGGCAAAUAAUUCCUCAUCUGCCAGUGAGAGUGAAAAUGAGGUCACGAGAUACACUGCAAAAGAAAGCAUAUAUUCAUCAAAUAUGUCAGGAAUUAUAGAUGAUUACUCUCAAAUCACUUAUAAACGUUCAAUUAUGAAAGGUUCAUUGCCACUUAGUAAUUCUUUUUCCGCCAGUGGCAGAAGUCAAACUAUAGAUGAUGCUAAAAUAAAGACACAAGAUCUUCCUGAUAGAGUGAGUGACAGACCUGCAUCUUUUUCCCCAUGGAGAGUCCCCAGUGUGAGCCCUGAUGAUGUGUAUCGGAAACAGACAGAGACAUCCAGAGGCACCACAGACAUGGACCUGCCAUCUGAGAUAAGCCAGACUGUUAUCAGCCGUCACUUUUCCACCUCAAUAACAAGUAGGCAUCGAGAUGUAGACUUACCUUCUCCACAAGAGGCUCCACCUGCAGUGCCAGAAUGUUCCCCACCUGACUCCCCCGAUUUCUCCAGAGGUAAAAAUGACAGAGGGCGAACCGAUAUGACACUAUUGAAUACAUACUCGUAUCCUAUUUCCACGAGAUUUGGCAAGGUGGACAACACAGCAGCAAGUAGCACAAUGGCUGUAUCUGAAAAUAAGAGAGAGAAGAGAGGCCUAACUGCUUUAAAAGUCAUGUCAACAGAGAGACUUAAGUGGGACAUACAAGAAGAAGAUUUAGAGACUAUUUAGAUCAUCUCCUCAACAUGUUGUCAGUGGCCCACAAAAUGACACCACUUUACAUUUACCAUUUAUUUACCAGUUUGAGAGAACAUUAAAGCCCAGGCCAGACAAACAAUUUGUCCCUCUUUUACUUCAACAGAUGAAAGAAUAGUUGCAGAUAUACUUCAAGUUAUUCCCUGCUACAGAAGGCAUGAUGUUAAGAGAUAUUGAGGUGCCACAGGUCCAUCUAUUCUAGCAACACGGUAACCGGAUGUCAACAUUGAGCAGUAAGACUCAAGAGAGAAAAAGAAGCAGAGCUAUUCUGAAAUAUGGAGCACUGAAUUGUCUGUGACUCGCCACAGAACGUAGUACUCCAUUUUAAGUCACCAAGUACAAACGCCUUUACUGUUUAAUACAAAUUAUAACAGCAUAAAUUAGAUGAUGUAUUAAAUCUGAAAUUAAAUGUAAAUACAAAGAAAUGUGCGAAGUUGUCGAGCACAGGAGAGCUUACAAUGCUCUUUUCGUUAUUUCUGUGAAUCUUUAUUUUUGUCGUAUCAUCUUGUAAUGACAAUAUAGUCCUAAUGCUUUAUGAAUAAUCACAAAGAGACCUUUAUCACAUCUGAUCAUAGCAAUGUGUUGAUUUGUUUACAAAUGUAAAUUAAUAUGACAAGUUUGUCAGUGUGAUGGGACUCCAUGUGACAAAUUAACUAAUGAGCUCAAACAUAAGCCAAUAAGUUAAUAAACCAAUUUAUUUAUGUAUAUAGACAUAGGUUAUAAUGAAAACAUACAUAGACACUUACAUUGUUUUACAUACAUAUAUACAGUAGGGACAAGGCUGUUCAUCCUCCUGCACAGUCAUGGGAAAAAACUCUAAACACUGAUCUCUACUCAGUAUUUGGAGAGCAAUUCAGCAAUUACCUUGAUUUUACACUGUAUGCUGAUGGAUUGUAAUGACAAUAAAGGCUGUCAUGGUUUCA